AGCGCCAGCCCCCCCCUUUGGGAGCCGCCAUGGCGGUGCCGUGCAUCAGCCUGGCGCCAUGCCUCGAGGCGGGGCCCCGCGGCGGGGAGCCGCGGGACCUCGCCGGCUUGGCCGCAGCCGUGCGCGCCGCUUGCGAGGAGGUCGGCUUCUUCGUGGUGGUCGACCACGGCGUGGACGCCGCCCUGCUGGAGCGCCAGCGGCGGGAAUGCGCCGCCUUCUUCGCGCGGCCGCCGCAGUCGCUGGUCCUCGGCAUGGUCCCUGGGGGCUCCAGCCGCUUCGCCUGGCUGUCGGGAUGGCCCCCAACUGCGCGGUGGCCACACCGCGUGGGGAGUCGGACGCCUUCGUGGGCUCCCGGGGGCUUUCCUGCCGCGGGCUGCGCUCCGGCAGCGGUGCCUCACCGAGAGCGUUCCAGGGCUGUCUAGAUCGUCCCAGACGGCCACUGGAGACCUCAGACCAAAGCACAGUCGAGGUCAAUGAAUUGGUGGGCCGACCUUGCCAAAUCAAGGCCUUGCGUUUUGCCUUCCAUAUUUCGCGACCCACGCUUGGAAGGGUCUUGUGUUUUGUGCCUUAUCGUGGGCACCCUCCAAUCAUCAAAGGAAAAGAACACCCCGACCCCGACAGGGCCCUGGGCCUUCACAAAGCAGCCCUGCCCUGUUCGAUUCCUUCCUUGGGUGCGCCUGCGAAACGGCUUCGCCCGUCAGGGUGCUCAUUCAACAUGGGGGUGGAUGUUCCGCCCUCCUCCUGCUCCUCGUCCUGCUCCUCCUCCUCCUCCUGCUCCUCCUCCUCCUCCUCCUGCCUCCUCCCUCCUCCCUCCACCCCAAGGCUGGACUACGUCCCCGACGCCAGUGUCGAGAGCGGCGGCGGCGAGGCGGCGGCGUGGUCCCUGGGCCCGGUGGCUGGCCGCGGCAGCCAGCCGUGGCGCCCAGACACGGCCUCCCUGGCGGAGACGUGGGCGGAAUACUACGGCGCUAUGGAGAGGCUGGUGGCCCUGCUCAUGAGCCUGUUCGCGGUUGCCCUCGGGCUCUCGUGCGAGGCGUUCGACGCCGCGCUGGAGGGCCACCGUUCCUCGAUGCGCGCGAUCCUGUACCACGAGGUGAGUCCCACUGCUACGGUGACCAACCCCGACGUGACGGCAGCUGUUUUACAGACCGUCCGCGCGGAGGUGGCCCACUUGCAAAGGCAGCUGCAGGAGAACGCAUUCGCCCUCAUGCGGAGGCUGGACGAUAACGAGGACAUCCACUUCGACUAUUGCUACGUCGCAAUCCCACAGGCUUGCCUUGACCAGGACAUGAAUGACCAAUUGGAGAGCAUCGUUCAACACUUCAACUGGCUUCGCACCGAGGCGCUCGGCAGCGCAGCGGGAGACCGCAGCAUAGCAGCGGGAGACCGCAGCGAGCCACCGUUGAUGCCAUCUCUUGAGUGCCUUUCACACGCCGCCACGUCCUUGUGGAAAGGACUCCAAGGUUCGGUUGGCUCGUUCGUGGAAAACAGCUACAACUCGUUCAUCGACAUCCCCGCUCGAGACCUCAAUAGUGACAUGAAAACGGCUUCGCCUAAACACCAUGUCCAGUACAUAGCAUCCGCGGCUCGGGACUGUAUCCUGGACUGGUUCUACUCCUACAUUCCAGGAUUCUGGGACGAUCACGUCGUGCAGCCAGGCACGGAUCUGCCUCAGCGCCCCGAGGGUUCGUCCGACGAAGAUUACAUGAACCUGGGCCUCGUCCCUGAGCUUGAGCGCCUGGACCAGCGCACCUCGGAGAGGAUUGCCACGCUCAGAGAGAUGCGCGCCCAGAAUAUGGACACUGCUCAAAAACAACGCUACUUUGACAUGGAUGAGGCCCUAUGGGACACUUGGGCCGACCUCGAUGCUCAUUACAAACAAUUGUGGUAUGAGCGUGGUGCCACUGCCACUUUCUGGUGGAACAACAAUGACAUCACGUUUCCAGCCUACAAUCAGAAAAUAGUCGAUGCCCAAAAAGUGGACCUGGGUUGGGAUAGACGGGACCACCGUGCGUACCAACGCAAGUGGGAAGCACAAGAGGGAUGCCUGCUCGAGAUGAUGCCGCAUGUCUCUUUCGGCCUUGAUAGGUUUUGUGACGUUGCGAACUGGUAUAAACACCCUCAAGUUAUUGGCCCUGGCACGGCCAAAGAUUGGGGCUUGCCUCACCACUUCGACACCAUCUCGAAAGAUAUGUGCAUCCUCAUGCAGACACGUGGCAUUUCCGUCAUCAACAACUCGGCAUGGACACAAACUAUGGAUCGCACCAAGGUCGAUGGAUGGCACUGCCAGAAGACAGGCCUUCUCCAGGACACUCGUGAAAAAUCGCUUGGACCAGACCGUAACUCUUGGAUCACUGGCUACAUGGAUUGCACAUCCGAGACCUCCUGGCGCGAGAGACACGCACGACUGUGUGCCGCCAUUUACGCCGGCCUUUACCUGCUCGACCCCGACCUCAUGAAGAACGGUAAAGGCGAUGCCCGGCACCUCCGCUUGGCGGAGGAGAUGGCUCUCAACCCGGAGGCCCAGCAGUGGAUGGACAACCACCCGAUGACGACCGCGGAGUCCGAGGAUGGCGACACGGUCUUGCAACGGGAAACCGUAGCCAGAGAGACAUCGUCCAAAACGGCUCAUUGCCUACAUUACGAAGUUUUGACACCACAGCGGGCAUGCUAUUUCUCCGGGGUCAAGAAGCGCACAGAUGACAUGGACAGAUGUAAGACCCCACGAGAGUUAGCAUUGAUUGACCCUGAUCACCCAAACGCUAUUGUCAUUUUCAAUGUCGAUCCACUGCUUCGCAGAACAAUGCCGGACAAUGUCCCCGAGAAUGACCCGCGGCGCCUGAUCAAUGAACAGGACAUUCACGUGCUCAAAUACGCCGACGACCUCGUCGGCAGCCGUUGGUUCGAGGGUGCAUAUGAGUGGAUCGCCUUGCCCCCGUGGCGAGAUUGCCCAUACGGCACCCCUCUCCCUGAUGGAUACGACUUCGGACGCUGGGAGUUUAGCAAGUUUCUCAACACGAUACUCCGUCACACAAGUGGAGUGACCAAUGCAUAUCACGAUCGGCGUCUGAACAUCGACUUCUCCAAGACAUCCACCUUUCGAGAGUGUGCGAUGAAUUGCUGGCAGCGCAGCCAGCAAGAAUACUACCACAGAAAGAAGGGGAAAUGGGAAUACCGCAAAACACCCACGAACGAGGCCGUCCUAGCAUGUUGGGAGAUUGAGCGUGACAAUGGUGACUACAUCGACUUGGCCGAUUACUAUUGUUACAUGGCCAUUCGCAUGCUGCAAUACCAUGCAGAUGGAAAGUCGCGCACCGAAGUGUUUGCACCCAUCGGCUCUGACCUCAAUCCGCUCACGUUUCCGUUCGGCCGCAUCUUGGCCAUACGAAGCACAGGUGGUCAGUCCGAGGUGCAUCCAUAUUCCACAGCCCACAACAUGGGUUGGGAGGAGUUGUCUAUUCAUGACACUCCAUAUCUCUGGCACGCAACCGAGCUGUCUUCAGUGCGGAGCAUUACCGAAGGCUCACCAAGGUCUAACCCAGGCAUAGUCAAAGGGUUCGACAAGCGAGACCACAAGCAUGGGGCAACCCGUGCCGAGGUCUUUGCCUCCGCUCAUCCUUUCACUCACUCUUGCGGCCAGAACCCCUACACCACCAUACCGCCGUACGUCUUUCACUCCGCUAAGAAACAGUGUGAAUUUCAGAUUGACCAUCAGAAAUGCGCUACGGCUGGCAUCACGUGGUCGUGGGUGACAACGAGGUUCCACCACCGCCACCACGGCAUGCGCCGCCACCAGUGGGAGCUGUACCUGGACAAGAUCGCAGCAGAGCAGCGGGAGACCGCCGCGCCGAGAGAUACAGCCGUGGAAGAAGUCUCCGAGGGAGUUGAGGGCCUCACGUUAGACCCACACGACGCGGCCGCGGCUGCUGCCCAGAUGGCCACCGAGAGGGAAGCCGCCCUUGCUAAGUCCGAGGCCGCUCUGCUGAGUUCGCCUACUGAGAUGCCGGUCCCCACACAGGACCAGAGCUCGCCGACCGAAAUCCCUGUACCAACGGAUUUUCCAGAGGAAAGUAACGAUGACGGCGCAGCGGGAAAUCGCAGCAAUGGUGACACUGCGCCACAUGUUCCCGAACAUGCCGAUGAUGACUUCCUCAAGAAGGAUGACUGGUCCCCAGAGAACGACGUCCGCAAUGAGAUUGAAACAAUGGAGGAUAACGCGGAGAAAACUCUCACGUAUGGACCAGAUCAGACCGACCUACCAGACUAUUUCAAAGCAUUCAAGAAAGUCCACAUUGUUCGUAGAUCUGGGCCUCAAGGUGAUGUUAACACCAAAGUGAAGCAAACCAUGGAAUACAUCGUUGUCUUGAACAUGGACGAUAUCGCAAAUACCACAAUGACCUUCGAAUUCAAUUGCGAUGCACCAUGGUGUCACCGUUUCCCAGAGCAAUGCGGACACAGAGCUUUCACCAAGUACCUUUUCCAGUGCAUUGGUACUUUCCGAUACAGAACCCUGGCAUACGGCAGACGUUCAUGGUGCGCCAUGGCAUACCUGAACCUCUACCAGCAGGCUGGCGACAAAUUUGCACUCAUCGGCAUUGAGAACGCCGAGAUCGUGCAGAACCAUCCCGGCCUUGCUGCACUCCGCAUGGGCACAGAGAACUAUGUGGAGGACGAGUUCGUGAAUGCGGCGCCCCACGACGGUAGCAGCCCUCGCAACCAGAAGGCCUCGGCCGUGUUGACCUGCGCCAGCGCCUGGCUCACGAGCUCGUCGCUGAGGCCGUAG